UGUUCUCCGGAUUAAUGUCGCUUAAUACCUGGUAGUUUAGAACAGAAACUUUUUGCUGAGCAUGAUCUUAUGCUCGCUGCUUAACUGGGAUCAUAAGGGCUUCGCUGUGUAUAUAAUGUUUUGGCUGGACUGUCGCCAAAAGCAGAAUUUUGACAAAUCUGAUUCUUCCUCGACUGCGUCCUACUUGUCGUUGGCGGUCGCUCAGGCCUAGCGUAAUUUAAAUCUGGCCCAUCGACCAGUUGAAAAACCGCCUAAAACGCCGUUGUGGCAAAAAUUAGACUUAGUGGCCCUGAACUUCAGGCAUUGAGAUUUAUGCAUAAAAAUCGUUAUUGAACCAACAGAUUUGUAAAAUAAUAGCUGGAGAAAAUAUCGCCUAUCGAGGCAAUGCCUUCAAAGAAAAACUGUUUUUCUCUCCCUCCUGUAAAAUAUGAGUGGAUCGACGAUAUACAUACUUAUGUAUACAUAUAUACUAAAUACCUGUUCUUUUUUAGGUUCUCAUUAUGAUCUACUAUACGUCAGCGUUUCCAGUUGUUCUACGAUCCCUUGCCCAAUGUCGCGUGGCUCGACGGUAACAGUAAAAGUGAUUUUUGAUGAUAACGAAGAGGAUGUAGCAUUUCUAAAACAUAAGGUACGUUGGAUCUUCAACGCAGUCAAAACAGAUGCUGCUAUCACUCCAGAGUCUUGCGACGACAACGAUAAUUGUUUAAUUGACGAAAGCGAUGGAAAGUCUUAUAUUGCUGAAGUUUUCGUGAACAAGACUCUCCCCAAUAUACGUGGCACCAUGACUUGGAUGGCUGUAAACCAAAAUAAUCUUGAAGUAAUUUGCUUUAAAAUACCAGUUGUUAUUAUGUAAAUACUAAAUAAAUAAAUUCAAAAUUUGUGUAAUCUGAAAUAUAUGUACAUAUGUAUCGAUUUACUUAUAUGUAUUUAAGCCAUUGAUGUGCAUAUAUUUCAUUAUGUAUUUACGUGCAUGUAUUUUCUUUAUGUACAUAAAUAAUGGUGAUAAAUAUUCUCUUAAAUUUAAAACCGUCGGAACUAUGAGUUGUUAAAAAAGUUUAAGAGUCGUUUUCGUUUCAGAAAAUCCGUACCACUUACCGUUCGAACUUUAAAACUGAGGGAAUUGUUAACAAAAAAGUUAAAACUUAAGCAAAAUUUCAAGUAACGUUAUCGCAAAAACUGGACACAAUCUGGCUAAAUGGGGACCCAAUUGAACUAAGAAGGUCCAAUUAAGUUAGAUCAGCUAUCAAAACCUUUGCUCAGAAAAACAGUUCAAAUUUCACCGUCGGAGCUCUAAAACUUCCCUCCUAAAUAUCUGAAAAUUUUGACGUGGUAUGGAUUUUCUGAGAACGGCAUCGUCUCGAUUACGAAAAUUAAAUUUACGUGUUUGGUCGCUGUGCUGUGAUAUUCCAAAAGUUUAAAAUUUACCUGCAGUGUAAAUAGUUCAUUCGAAACUUCAUUUCCUAGUAAUACUCAUAGUAGUAAAAACAUAACCGUAGAUAUUAAAAUCAUGAUGAAAUUAUUGUUGUAACGUAAAUAAUUCAACGGUAAGUCCUAGCUACUGCAAACUUGCAUUGGCUUUUAAUUAAAUUAAAAAAAAAAUCUAAAAAAUCUGAGCAAACAGUUUCCAAUUUUGAUGAACUCCUUCGCACUCCUAGACCUAAAGUGAGACAACUCAAAGUUCUAAUUUUUUUGACUAAUGUAUACCAUCGAGCUCCAUAACGCACUUCCUAUCGACCAAUAUAAUCGGGUCAAUAAUAGCUCCAGUACUCAAGGCUAGAUGCCGCUAUAAACCAUGUAGGUUUAAACUCUUGCUAACCAAGCACUGUAAAUAUGAAAAUCGAUAGUUAAACCCUUGCCAGUGGUAUUGACCGCUACCCCUUCCCACCAAACAAUUUUUGUUGCCGGCCCUAUUUGAAUUGAGUGGGGUUUUCCCUAUUUGUUGCCGGGCCUAUUUGGUGACAGAGAAUUAGUUAAUUGGAAUAAGUUAAUCGUUGUUGUUUUAGCGGCUACUAAGCCCCGCUGGGGUCGGUUUAUCCGUCAACGUUGGCGUCCGUUUCAGCUAAGAGAAGGCCCAGGAAGUGUGCGACUUCAACAGGGUCUGUGUAUAUAGAACGGGGGCGUCAGCUGGGUUAGGAUCUCAGGGCAUGUGAAGAGGUGCAGAGCCAUGUGUCAACUCUCCACAUGCCGGGCAUUGGUUGGGCACUUCCUCAUUAAUUCUGCUUAGGUAUGAGUUUAGCCUGCUGCAAUAGCCAGAGCGAAGUUGGGCUAUUGUGGUGCGGGUCUCCCGAGGCAGACAAAG